UUUUGCGACUCGUAAGUGAAGAGACCACUGCUUACAUGGCUGCUGCCAGGGAAAGAAAGCCUGGAAAUCGGUCCAUGGUCGUCGUUCGGUUGCCAGAUGAUUUGAAAACACUGCAUAUUUUAAGAAGCACUCAAGUUUAACUGUAUAUGCAUCACUUGGAUGCAAAAGAACUGCAUUCGUGAUGACGCAGCAUUUCAGGAGGGACAAACAUGUCACUCACUUCUAUCCUCUCCGCUGGCGCCAUCGACAGUGCCAUCAAGGAUUGUUCAGCCCCGGAUUCCUUCUGUUCUAAGAAGUUCUUCCAGAUAUGUGGUUUGACCAAGAAAAGCCCACAGGAAGUGAAGGAGGUGUUCCGCGUUCUGGACAACGAUGACAGCGGUUACAUUGAGGAGGAGGAGCUCAAGUUCUUCCUGCAGCGAUUCUCUUCUGGGGCUCGUGUGCUGACUGAGAAGGAGACCAAGGCCUUCCUGGUUGCUGCUGAUGGCGACAGUGACGGGAAGAUUGGAGUGCAAGAGUUCCAGAAGUUGGUUUUGUCCUGAACCCUCAAAGAAAACAGAUGACAAAUCCUUCCCUCAUGGCCCAUCACAUCAAGCCCUGAACCAGGAUAAAAUACUGUUUUUUUUCACUGUCUACCACCCCCCCCCCCCCCCAAGCUUUGUAGCCUCUGUUCUGUUUUUGGCAGU